AUAUACGAUAAAAUAUAUGCCCUAAUCCGCCUCUCCUUCUCCCUUUUCUUCUGUGAGAAAAAAUGUACGCAUUUUUUUUAAUCGAUUUUCAUUUUUAGGCUACCUGUGGCGAGCCCACACCACUCGAAGUCAGCGCGCCGAAGCCGUCCCGCCAUUUUUCGAAACACGAAAUUAAUACAAAAUGGAUUUGUGAAGUGUUCGUUUGCAUGGAUCCAUCGCUACAAAAGCAACUAAAAGAGUUGAACAGGAGAAAGAGCAAGGCUCAAGAGAAGGGAGAUAUUGUAGAAGAAGCGAAGCUUUGCAAUGCAUGCGGGGAAUUGUUAUCUCAGUAUGGUUUUCAUGAGAAGGCCAUCAAAGAACAUAAACAGGAAGUUCAACUCUCGGAGGCUGUUAAUGAUGACAUUGGCUCAGCAAUUGCACAUAGAAAGGUUGGGGAGUGUCUAAGUGCCCUGGGAAAGUACAAGGAAGCCUUAUUCCACCAAAACCUUCAUUUGCAACUUGCCAAGACAGCAAACAACCUUGUUGAGCAGCAGAGGGCGCUGGCCACAAUUGGCAGAACUUGGUUUGUCCAUGCCGAUAGUCCAGUAAACGAUGACCAGGAAGUGGAGGAAAGCUUAGUAGAGGCCCAAAAGGCCUUCCUUCUAAGCCUGGAGAUAUGCGAUGCCCUUCAAGAAGAUGGGAACAUACCAGACAAGGAGUUGCUAGAGAUGCGUUCAAGACUCUAUUUAAACCUGGGCCUUGUUUAUGAAAGUCGAAAUGACAUACAAAAUGCACGCAAAUUCAUAGAUAAAGCUCUUGCCAUUUCCAGAGACCAGAACCUGCGUGAGACUGAGUUUCGCUGUCACUACUGUAUUGGUGGUCAGCUCUUGAAAAUCGGACAAGACUCCGAAGCUGUCAAGUCUCUAGAGAAAGCUGUCCAGGUGGCCCAAACUAAUGGUAACAAGUUUGACGAAGCAGAUGCCCUAGUGCAGCUCGGUCAGGCACACCUUAAGCUUGGUGAGUUCACGUUAGCACGGCGUACACUCAAGAAAGCAUUGAGGAUCAGCAAGACUCGACUUAGUGGAGAGACGGAGGGAAUAAAGAAGAGUCUAGCUGCAGCUAUCCGUGGCCUUGGCCUUGUCCAGCGUCUUGAUAAACUGCCAUCUCUUGGGGGCGAGGAGCAGAUCAAAGUGUUGGACAAACUUGGUGACAUCUACACCACCGCCAGGGCGUACAGUAAGGCUCUGAGGUGUUAUAUGGAUGAGCUGGAAGUUGCUAAGAAGCUGGACCUGGCGCCAUCAAUACUCUCUCCCAUCUAUGUCUCUCUCGCGAUUACAUACAGUGAUCUGCAGGAGCCGAGCAAGGCUUUGGAAUGCUACCAUGAGGAACUUAGCUCCAUACAAGGCAACUUCAAGGGGAUGUGCGACACGUGGUGUAAUAUUGCCCAAGUACACGAGGAAUCAAAGGAUUGUUAUGAAAAGGUGGAGCAGGCAUAUUUAAACGCGCUGGAGAGCGCUAAAAGAGCACAACGACCUCAUGCCCAGAUUGGCGUCUUGCGUUGCCUCCUUGACACGCAGGAGAAAUAUGGCAAGCUUCUCUUGUGCGAGAAGACCCGCAAGGAAAUUGAGGAACUGGAGUCGAAAUACGGGAUUGACGGAAGCAGUAGCGAGGAAGAGCAGGACAAGCUUGUUACGGCGGAGGAUGAAGAUCAGGACGAAGAUCUUGUUAAUAAAGAGAUGGCGCUCUCUGAUACAGAUGAUGACAAUGAUGAGGAUGACAGUGAACAGCGUGCGACUCGACGCCAGCAACGCACUGUGAGAAACAAGGUGAAGAAACAGAACGAAAAGGGCGAGACGCCUUUGCAUUUGGCAGCGAUCGCGGGCGACGCGGCUGCGAUCAAACAUCUCAUUGAACAUGGUGCAGACAUUAAUUCUAGAGAUUACUGCGGCUGGCAGCCCAUCCACGAGGCAUGCAAUCAUGGACAUGUUGAUGCCGUAAGAGUCUUAAUAGAAAGUGGUGCAAGUGUAAAUGAUCCGGGGGGUAAAUUCUGCAAUGGAAUCACCCCCCUUCAUGACGCGGCACAAAACGGCCACCUAAAGGUGGUAGAGCUACUAGUGCGAAAUGGAGCCUCGACAGAGAUCAAGAACGCUCAGGGCCAAACGCCUUUGGAUGGCGUCAUCAAGACUCGUAGACUUGAAGAUGACGAUGAUGCCCCAGACACCAACGAGGCACGGGGUCGGCGGGAGGUUGAGAGAUUCCUUCGUCGCAUUCGUGUGGGACGCAAACCUGUGGCCUCACAAGCCAGUGGAAUGCAAGAUCGCCUGCGCCGACGGGAUCUACCGCUGGACAAGAGCAGUGAUGAGGAGGAGGGAGGCAGCGUCAUCAGUCGGUUCACUGACAGGCUGAAGCAAAGAGAAGCUUCUAGAAGCAGGCGGACCCUUAGUAGUAGCAGCAGCAGCGGUGAGAGCGAAGCAUCAUCCCCCGUCCCUACCCCCAAAGGGCUCUUCGACCUCCUGCACGAGGAGCAGUCGAGCGCCGAAGCCCCAAGUUACCAGGAUGCCACGCCCGACCUGUCCUCGAACGACGAUGAGAUUAGUUUUGUAGGGACUGGUAACUUUCAAGAGUCCAAUAACAACGAGCGAACAGUCAAUACCGGGGUUUCCAGAAAGAAGCGGAAUCUGGACCAGCUUGUCCAGGAAGAUUCCAGGAACUCGGAAUAUGGGCAUGCCCCAGAUGAUACAACCCAGCGAGGCAAGCACAAUUUGGACCAGCGCCAGAAUACCAUGGCGGAUUCUGGCUUCCUGGAAAGAUCUCUGGUCAGCGGAGAGAAAGGUGGUCUCGACAUGGGUACUUCUAGCGGUGGCACGUGUUACGUGAACGUGUUCACAGGAAGAUGCAGCGAUGGCGACGUCACGCCUGCCCUGGUAUCAGAACACGAAGCGGACUUCCAGUCACACGGCACCAUCAAUCAGUGGCUUGUCGACGACCUGCCGCAAAGACCUCAGAAGAGACGAAAAACCGCCAAGCAGACAACUCUGACCAGCUCCGUAGCGAAUAGAUCUCUAAGCGGCACACAUGGGACGAGUUCCCAUUCGUCAAGUAGUUUUCACGGGGCGAGUAGUCAACCGGCGGGUAGUUUAUCUGUGAAUGCCCGGUCGUCCAGUAGUUCUCAUGUAACCGGGCCAGUCUCCCAAUCGCAAGCUUCGCGAAGGAACAGACCGCUUUUCAGCAGUGGCAACCCGCCAAGACGGAACUCGCUAUCGAGACAAACCCGCCUCGAAGUGAACAGAACGCCAAGCCCCACCUUUAGUGAGCCCCACGCAGGCGCAGCACCACCGAGAUCGCGUCCCACGGACCAUGCCGCACCAGCCCCCACUGUCGUGGAACCCACAGGCCCGCCGCCUAUAAGAAUAAGCGUGGAGGUGCAGGGGAAAACGUUCCUGAUUCCUUGUCCACAGCAGAGUGGGGAGGAGGCCAAGACCAUCGCGUGGCUAGCUGAACAGGCGUCUCUGCGCUACUUUUCUGCGCAUGGCCUGCGUCCCGUGAUCUCGCUGCAGACGCGCGAGGGAGCUUCCCUGUCAGCAGACGAUAGAAUAACGGACGUCGUCUCCAACAACGAGAAGGUGGUCGCUCAACUCGACGCCUGGGACCUGCCACCGCUAGAGGAACGCUAUAGCACAGCGUGUCUCAGCACUAACACAGCCGUGCGGCCAAAAAUAUCCAAACUACUACAGGACCCCCAGCAGUCUGUGCUCGAUUUCACCAACAUGGCGCUUAGGUCACGUGACAUGCUACCGCUGGGCAGAACACUGCAGUGCCACGACCGACUUGUCAAACUACUGCUUCCCGGCAACAGAAUAGGGGACAAUGGCCUACAGCAUCUAUCCCAGGCCCUCUCGACAUGUCCUAACCUAGCGGUGCUCAGUCUCCGGGCAAACGGUAUCUCUCAGCACGGGCUAGGUUACCUAGCAAGUGUGCUCACGCAGCCGGCCGCUGAUCAUCUGCCGAACAAUUUGACGCUGCAGAAGCUUGAAGAUCUUGAUUUGGCGUUCAACCACUUGAGUAACCACGCCUUCAGUUCCCUCGUCCCAGUCCUCGGGGCUUGCUCGCAGCUCAUCAGUCUAGACCUGACCUCUUGUUCGCUUACUACGCCCUUCUCGCCUUCAUUCGCUGAGGCUCUUAAAGCCUCCAAGCUGCGUACACUUUCCCUGGCCCACAAUGCAUUGGGGUCGGGUGGCAUUCAAGACACCAUCGGUACCCUCCCUCGCCACGCCCACAAGCUUGACCUGUCAUGCGUUAUGACUGCUGACCCUGAUUUAAGUUGGAACGAGGGCGCAGUCGGCAACACGGAGCUGCGCGAACUGAUCUUGCAUGGUAAUAACCUAGAGAUGACUGCCGUGAACUCGUUACUGUCACGCAAGGAUGUCACGCAAUCCCUGCUCAAGCUCGAUCUGAGUGCAAACGAUAUCGGGGAUGACUCAGCACUUUCUCUUGUAACGUUGAUCCAAGAGAGCGCCCUCCUUAAGAUCCUUAACCUAUCGGGUAACCCCUCCCUGGGUAACACCACCCUUCACGCCAUACUCAACACCCUGAUGGACACGCCUUUGAGCCAGCUGGGCACCCUGGACCUCUCCUCCUGUGGGGUACGCAGCCCCCUUCCUCCUGAGCUGCCGACUGUGCUGAGAGAUGUGCGGAAUGCAGGUUGUAGCCUGAACCUCCUUGAUUUGUCCGGGAACGCACUUCUUUUGGAUGACCGGAAGGCCAUGACAGAGGCCUGGGAACUAGCGGAUUCAGUUAGUGUUCUUUCAGGUGCCUUGUGUUUGUUGUUGGUCAAGGAUAAAUGAAUGAAAAUGUAGGAUCGUGAAAGGUAUAUCUGCCUUAUGUUAAGGUAUAAAGGUUUCGCCAAGGAUCAGGGAUAAAUAAAUAAAGAUGCAGACUGCAUAGCCUUCCGGUCAUCCAGAAGCAAUGCGUUCCCAGACAAAUCAACGAUUGUAAAAGGGAAACCUGCCUUAUCUAAAAGGCAUACGGUUAAAGGUAUACUCCUUGAAGGUCUACUUUAAGAGGUGUACUAUAAAAAGUUUACUGUGAAAAGUAUAGCUGGGUCGUAUUUGACCAUCUGGGGACGGAAGAUACCUUGUAAUGGGUGAACUGAGGGCUUGUGAACCCCUGGUGGACUUGAAUAGGGAACAACCGAUUGAUAGCAAAAAUUAACUCGAUUCGAUAUUCCAGAUAAAACGAGAAAUCCAGCUGGCGCGAACAGAAUCAUUCUUUCUCUUCUAAGAUAUCAAGGGAUCGGUCCCUUAAAUAGUGUGGUCAUGUAAGGGGUGUGUCAGAUGCAGGCUGAUGGCGGGCCCCAGUUAGAAAUUUCCUUGAUAUCAUAGCACGGGUAUUGUAUGAGCUAGAUCAGCUCGAAUCGAAGCUAAUUAAUAAAUAACAAUUAAGUAUG